AUGGCAUGGACUGGGACAACAAGCACCAGAACAGCCAACGGCCGCCCGUCGCUUCAUCACAUUCGGCCCAGCUUAGAACCGUGGGCGGGCCCCACUGGCACGACGGCCGCUACCACUGGUGAAACGUCUGUUCCCGACUCUGACACUCUGACCCCCAAGCGCUCCUCCUUAUUGCACCGGUCGCACCAGUCUCGACGAUCCGUUCCAAGCUUUCACAUCCCCAGCCUCCAGAAUCUCACAGCUUCAGAUUUGGCUUUGGGGUUGGCGUCGACUCCCACUGCGAAAUCAUCCGCAAACUGCAACAACCGCAAUUCCGCACCCGUCGUCGCAUUCUCGCCCAACGUCUCCUCAGGUCCCAAUGCCGGGCGACCUCAGAAAGACUCUCUCUCCCCUGUGCUUCGCCCUGAUGUGAAUAGCACCAUGCCAUCGAGUGUGGCAUAUUCCGAAACGAGGACCCUGGCGAGCGAUCAUGGUCGCACCUUAAACGGUGCUUAUCGAUUGGGGUCCGACAAUAACAACACCCCGGAGAUCGACGACGGCCGCCCCAAGAACGAAGAUGUCUUCCUGAACAUCGCAAGGACAGACUCGGGUCGCCGCGACUCCCUUGGUCGGUCGGAUUUUAGACGGGUGAGUGGCCUUCCUACGCGCAGAGCAGGACUUGCUUCGUAUGCCGCGAACUAUUGCGCAACCCCGACCCUUUCUCCCGAGACGUGGAAGAUAACUGACGGCGGAGGGGGUGAGAGUAAACAGUCGCGACUUGGAUAUUCUACUCAAAGCCUUCGGUCGCCAACCACGCGUGCCGACCCAGAACAAACCCCUUCCCCCGACCAACGCUUCAGCAACGCCGAUAGCCCCUUGCCCGCCAUCCACUCGGCCUCGGUCAACCUCUCCCCAUCCGCUUCUGCCCACCCUCUCGAUGACCCAGCUCGCUUCCGCUACUCGAGUCUGACCACCGGCUCGCGAUCGGUAAUCGGCGCUCCGCGCAGCAGACUUAGUCGAACGAGUCCAGAGACCUCUCCGCGUUCACCACCAGUCAACGGCGAGCGACGGCCAUCCAUCCACGAGCCGCGCCUACGACAUUCCACACUAUCCACAAUUCGAAGCAGCCGCCAACCGUCCACGUCCGAGACAACGGAGCGCGCACGAGGGGAGACGGACAAGGCGCGCGAUGGUACUGAAUCUACUCUAUCGACCAACGCACCUUCUACGGUCUGGGACGAACUAGACGACCUAAAGUCCCGCAUCCGCAAGCUGGAACUCACCGGCAAACUGCCGCCGUCCUCGCAAGAAGCGAUUUCCGGCGCAGCUCAGGAACGACCGCGAACUGCAGCAACCACGGUGACUGCAUUGUCGACUUCUCCGAGACACCACCGCAAAGUCAGUACGCCCUCGGCGGACGCUGACUAUGCGGCGCAGAGCCAAGUUCAUCCACUCUUGCAGUCGGCACUGGCAAAAGCCAAAGAUGUUCUGACUAGUGACGUGUACACGGCGCUAGAGGUGACCAUCAAAGAUGCGUUGACGCUAUCCACCAUGUUGGGCGUCAAUAUAGCUCCGUCGGGCACGGUCUCCGUCGUGAAUGGAGGGUACACCUCGUCCGAGAGACAUGCCCGCCGCAAAGCAGACAGCGUGUGUCGCAGCCUAACCGAGCUGUGUCUGGCUUUGACAGACAAGCAAGUGCAGAGAGAUCGAUCAACUUCGACGAGCCACGUUCCGGGAGCGCAACCUCAGCGGGCGAAUGGCCGCGACAAUGAAUCCUUGGCGCCGGGGCUAUCCUAUCAACGAGCUUCCAGUCACGAACCAGAGGGUCUUGAGCGGCGUCCAAGCACGAGUAGCCGCAUGUCCAGUCGCCUAGAAGCACGUAGACUGUCGUUGAUCAACCCCGCUACUGCAACUGCGGCAGAGAGCAAAUUACCUCACUCACCUCACUCGCCAAGUGUGGCUCCUCCUCCAAGUCGUCUCCAUCGCAUGUCGGCCUCUCUUCGCAGUCGCAGGCCACCAACUGAUGAAGAGACCCCGGAGACCACAACCCCCCUAAAUCGAUCACUUUCCAGAGCCAUGACAGAGGUGGGGACACCGAGUCCAGCGCAGAGUGUAUCCCCACGACAGCGUUUAUCCCAUGGUGGUUCGGUGUCUCGCUCAAUCCCGAGCGCUCAGCAGCAGCAGGAACAGCAUGAGCCCCGUGCCUCGCAGUAUCAGCAACACCCCGCCUCCUCUCAAACACAACAAGCUCAACCUCGAACCCCGACCACCUUAUCUCAAACGAGUAUUCCGUUCCGCCGCAGUUAUAUGACCCCGGCUGUCUACUCCCCUGCAACAUCACGCAACAACAUUCAGGCUGGAUCUCGCCGGUAUGGCCUCUCACCCAGUUUCUCCAGCACCACGCCGGGCUCUGUGGCCGAAGAGAGCCCUCGAUCCUCUCAGCUAGAUGCGUCCCAAACCCGCAUCAGCGUGCCAUCGGGCAAAUCCGCUACCAGCUAUACCCCCAUUCAGCAACCUCGCCUCCGUACCAACAGCGUAGGCACGCGAAGAUUCGGGCUGAGACGCCGCUCUGCCGCCACGCCCGACGACACCUUGAACUUGGACGACAGCAUCGACUAA